AUGGUUGGUAUUGAAAAUGACAUUGGUACACGUUUUGGGAUUGAAGAAAUUACCGAGGCAAUGGAAACAAUUGAAUUAAUUGUCCACGACGAGGAUGAAGAAGAUGGAGGAGGAGGAGGAGAAGGCGAUUAUGAUGGCGAAGCCCAUUUGGAACGUCAAUUCGUCGUUGGCAUUGUGUCGCCACAGCCACCGCCAUUGAAUACAAGGCGGGCAAAUCAAUCGUCUACUGCUGCCAACAACGAUUCCACAUUCUCUUCGAUAUCUUCAAUAACUUCGGCACGUACGGUACAACAUUAUGGUGGCCAAGGAAUGCACAUGGAAUAUGGUUACACUGCUAGGCGUCCCAGCUUUGAAAUUAACCACAGCUCGGCCCAAGCAUUGCAGAAACAAACCGCCUCAACACCAAAUCUUUUGGCUAGUCCCCUGCAGCGUUUGGCAGGUAACAAUGUCGCCACCACCACCACUGCUGCCGCCAAUCAACCAGCCAGGGAACGUUGCAAUUCCGGCAGUUAUCUGGGGCGCCGAUCAUCGAUGACUACACCCGAUAGUGGUGUCAGUAGCCAAUCGUUUUUGCCCGGUAACAGUAGUGGCAGCACUGCUACUGCCCCUCCACUCCCCCUACGACCACUUGUCAAAUCGAUUGGCAUUGGCACAACAACACGUUCGUACUGUGACAAAUCUGUCAAUUCAUCACCGGUGCGUGUUGUCUCCACCCUGACAUCGCCCAUCAGUGAGACCAUACCGCAACAUCACAACCUUAGCAGGGAGCAUGCUCUCAAACUGGAAAUAGAACAGUUGCAAGAACGUCUAAAAGACACCGAGGAACGUUUGGAAUCAUUUCGUAUACAACAUGACACCGUGUCACAGCUACAUCGAAAGUUACGUGAGAGCAAUACCCAAUUGCAGGAAGAGUCGGAGAUGUUAAAGCUGGAUGUCCAACAUCUCAAUGAAUGUGCCAAUGUGUUGAGGACUGAAUUGCAGGCGGCCCGCCACGAUCGUGAUGAGGCCAUGGAAUUGCAAAAGGUUUUGCAAACAGAACUUGAAGAGACUAGGGCGGAACGUAAACGGGCCCUGGAGCUCAAGGAGAAGGAUGCCAAGACCAUACAAGACCUGCAAAGGCAGUGUCGAGAAAUGGAGAGGAUACUAAUGCGCAAACAUCCCGAUUCGGUGUCAGCUUUAAUAGUUGCCUCCAAGGGUGGUGGCAUGUCCAGCAAUGAUCAAGAUCGCAAUAGCAGGAAACUAUUGGAGCAGCGCAUUGCACAACUCGAGGCGGAUGCCAAAGAACAAGACUUUAAAGCCCAGCAGAUACUUGCCAAUGUUCAGGCACGUUUCAACUCGGUGCAGGCAAAAUAUGAAACCCACAUUGCUGAUUUGGAAACCCAAGUAUUAAGCCUUCAGGAAAUCAAUACAAAACUCAAUGAAAAAAUCGAAUCACAGGUGCGCACCUUGGAUUACUUUGUCUCCAAGAAGGCGGAGAAAUUCUACAACAAUUGUACGCAGACCGAAGAACCAUAUGUUCCACCCACACCGCCGGUAGCACCCACACCACCACCUCCUGCUGCUAAACCCAAACCAAAGAUUAUACGCAAAACCGUUUGCACUCAAACGCCAAUAAAUUCCACAUGCACCCGUGAUAGUAGUACCAAUACAAUUGGCACCGCAGUUGCACAGGCCCUCUCGGCCAGCUCGAGUACCAGCAGUACAGCCAAUUCCACACCCAACAACUCACGGCCGAAUUCCAAACAGAGUGGCAUACGCAAACCCAUGGCCACAGCUUCGGGACAACACUUGUCCUCUGCAAUUGCCUCAAAAUUACCUGUCUCACAAUCCGAUUCGACAAUUUCUCUAUCCGCAGCCCAGGCUGCCCUAAAUGCCAAAGAAGAUGCCCAUCUGCUGGCCACCAUACGUGGUAUGCGGGUCGAUUUGGCCAUCAAGAAUAAGGCAAUGCAGCGAUUAACCCGUGAAUUGGACGAAUGUAAAAAGACAAUAAAGAAAAUACAAAAGGAGAAAGAUGCCUUUAAAAAUGAAAAGCAUCAGCACAGCACUGCCUCCGCUUCCAGCAGUAGUACGUCUAGAUCGAAUAUGGAUCACAUGCCUGCCACAACGGAAUCUCAAGCUUUAAAAGAAGCCCUUAGUAAAUACAAACUCUUGGAAGCCGAUUACAAAUCGUUGCAUGACAAACGGUUGCAAGAUCUGAAAACCCUACAAACUGCCCAUGAACGUGAACUGGCAACAUGUCACGAAACCGUGCGUCUAUUACAGCAACGUCUCAACGAACGUGAUGAGCAAUUUGCCAUGCAAAAACGUCGUAAAGUACCCGUUGACUAUUAUGCGCUCAAAGCCAAGGUUUCAUCGCUAGAGAGACGCCAUACAGAACGUGAGGAACGUCUGCAUAUGCUAGUGGAGGCUCUCAGCAAAGGACGUUUGAACGGUGCUUUAGACGAUCUACUGACCGACAACAAUAAUCAAUGA